AGGCUAAGAUUGAUCGUGUGGAUUGUAGUUUUCUCCGGAAAAUUAUUAAACCAGGCGUGACAAAAUCAAAAAAGCAAGAAAAGCUCACUUUUAUUAAUACGAACAUUGUAUGAUUGCGCCUUUAUCCUCGACCUCGACGACUCAGACUUUUUUCUAAAAAGCUCUACAAUACAUCAAAAUCGUUACUCUCUGGCAGCCACCGCUGCGAUCCAAUCAAACUUAUUUUUCAAGAAGAACUAUUUGUUCAAUUUCGCAUUCCUGCAUAAGUCUGCACUCCUUUGUGCAAGUACUACUAGAAAAUCCUCUAUACAAAAAUGCUAUUCUCGGUGAAGAACAAAAAACAAACUAUCGCGGCCGCCGCGGCGCUGCUGACGGGGGGUGGCACCCUUUUUAACGAUGCCACAGUCUUAUCCCACAGAAAAAAGCUGGCAGGGCAUGUUUGUAAUGCAGAAAUAAAUACACACAAAAAUCUGUCAUUGGCGGCCUCAUCGCAUGCUGUUUAGGAUACGCAAUACAGAUUUUUUUGUGUAUUUAUUUUUGCAUUACAAAUGUGACCUGCCAGCUUUUUUCCGUGGGAUAAGUCUUCGUGAACGCCGAUGUGAAAGUCUACACGGGCAUGGUGGAAGACACGUGGCUAUCAAAUGUAAAAAUGUCUGGGUCUGGAAGAAUGGGAGUUUGUCAUGCUUGUCUGGCAUGACUCGAGAAUCUGUGUUGCAUAGGGACGUAAAGGCCCUCUCACCUGUCUUGCAAAAACGCAGUUUGCCAUGCCAUGCGGAAUACGUAAGACAUGGCAGCCAAAAAAUUUGUUAUGCAUAGCUGCGUAUUGCAGUACGUCUAUCAUUCACUUCUAGCAUUACAAGUUUCCAGACCCAGAGAUUUUUGCAUUUGAUAUUGGCGUUUUUUUUACCAGCCGGACGUGAAAACGACUUUCAAGCCGUACGACUCCGGGUUCGGGAAAGCGAAAGAACAGCGCGAGCAGGCGAUGCUACUGACAAAGGAGGACCAGGGGACGACGAGUGCUGCUCUCACUGCGUUCCUCCCCACCCGCGGCGCAGCCGCUUCUGCUGCUGGUUCUUCCGCGUCUACUACUGAAUUGGCGCAGCACGAGCAGCUCGCCGCCCAAGAGGGAGAAACAACGAUGCACCUUCGUACUUUCACGGGAAAGAAAGAAUGUCGCGAGACACCGAUCGAUAGGGAGAUCGACGGCGACCUCGGUUUGUACAUGCCCACGGACCCGAUGCGGCUUGAUAACCCGAUGCAGAGCCACACGGAAGACACUGCUUCGGAAUACGUCCGAGAGUGGAACAGCAAGAUUGCACAUCUUGUGGUAUCAAAUGAAGAAUUCCCCCACGAGCCCAGAAUAUCGAAGUGUUCUUUAUGUAGUUGCAAAAGUUCCCAAUGGAAACAUUUGCCGCAUAGCUUUUACCAGCAGCCCUUUUUACAGGUUGUAUUCGAGCAAGAAUAUUAGCAAAAAUUUGUGUAGUUGCAAAAAAGCCCAGCACAAGACUGGCUUGUCAUGUAGGAAUUCCUGCUUCGCGCGUCUACUGUCUGCAUGAGAUGAGACUUUGAAACUUCUCGGGCCGUCGUCGUGGGGGCAUUUUUUAAUUUGAUAGGUGGAACACAGUGAGCUUCAGGACCAGGCUGCGGAGCUUCUCGAGCGCCACAGCCACACUGUAGAGCGCCACAGCCACACUGCACAGGACACAGGUACUAGUACCCAAGAUGAAGACGGCAGCGCAAUGGUUGUUGAGCAAAAUAAGUACCUGGUGCACUGGUAUCCCAAAAGGGAGAGCAGCCUGAACAAAAACGCAAAGCUAACACCGGGAGAUGAAAAUGACGAGGAAAAAAACAUUCAAUUUUUUGAGCCGGUCGAAGAUUCCGGGGACGCCACCUUUCCCGUGCAGCAGUGGACGGAUAAGAAGUGCACACAGAACACAGUCACGCCGGGGAAAGACAUUUUGUUACAGCACGAAAUGUAUCCACUUUGCAAACAAAGUACUAUCGCACUCGUAUAAUGGCAAGAGUUUUUAUCUCGCAUGACACAUCGAGGCUCCUACCUGAAAAAUCGGCAUGACAGAAAAUCUCGUUUUUGUUCCUUCUCGCAAAAAUAUUAAGGUUGUGAUGCAAUUCAUACCAUUAUGGUGCUUUAACUUGUUUUGCAAGGCAUAAAAUUCUGACACGUGUCAUCAAGAAGAACUUCAACAUUGAAGGCCCGCUUAUCCAAAAAAAAAAAAUGCUGUGGUAUUUAGUCGCAUGACAAAUUUGCUUGUCUGGCAUGACCACCACGGAUAUGAUUGAAUAAAAGAAACGACCUAAGCUUCGUGAAAACACAAGUAAAAGCCAUGGCUGCAUCUAUCAUGGCAUCAUUUCCAUUUGGACAAGUCUGACUUUUUCUUUGCAUCGUGAUCUGCGUAGCGAUACAAGGUAGUGCACGACUACUAGUAGACAAAGAACACCACAGCCUGAUUUUCCCCUCCAUACCGGUGGCUUUGACGCUGGUCCGCAGCGCCAAGGUGGUGACGGGGAAAAAGUUUUAUGUAGGCACCCUGUUCGAGCUGAGGGAGCAGGUGCUCGUGCAUGGUGACCAAAAAUCUUCUGCUUCUGACACUACCAAGUGGGAGGAGCUCGGUAUCACCUCUGUGGUCGGGCUCGAGGACGAGCCGAGCUCUCAGGAGGUGCAGAUUUUCGGGGAAACUUCCCAGGAAAAGCCGUCCUGGACGGGGAAAAUGGGGCCGGACAACACAGAACCGUACGUGUUGUAUUUUAUUCAAAACAACAAGAAAGACGACAAGGCUGCUCCGAAGAAGCCCAUGCUGACGUCGUUGAGUCAAUUUACCACCGCAGGCGGCGGGCGCACGCUGACGGGGGAAACAUCAAUCUGAAAGAGGACGGCUAGGGUAGAGUGAUGAACUACUUAUCGGGAGCUAAGUAAUAAUGCGUUUUUUAUUACACGACCCCGUUAGGGUGAUAGAAGCCGUCAUCUUCCUGUUUGUCUGUUGAUCUUCCGCUAGUUCGAUGCAAGAUUUGCUGAGCUGUAAAAAUGAAAAUAAGUUUUCUUCCAUGUUGAUUAUGUAUAGAUCGUUCGCUAUAUUAUUCGCAACACGGUUUAUAUAUCUCUAUCCUUUGAUAACACUAUCCACGUGUUUUCUAGGACAACUUUUUGGACUCAGACUAAUCAGUCGCCGUUCUGAAAAGAAUGCAUACAAAGCAGGCUGGUGAAAAAUGCUUGCUGUUUGCAACCGAAAAUUACUUUUUCAGGAAAACUUCUAUCUACAGGAAGCUGUUGUGGUGCACACUGCUGUGUACUACUAAACUUUUUGUAGUGUGCAGGUUUUUUUUUUUAUAUGUGGGGAGAAACCACGCAAGAUGGUGGAGAUGCUGGGCGAGAAUUCGUGCAACCAUUGCAACAUGCAGUUCUGCAGCAUAAUAAUGGUAAAAACAACGAAGAGCGGAUGCAAGUGCAAGAAAGACACUAAGCUGCACGAGCAGCUGCGAUGUGUCUUUUGUUUGCGCACAGGAACAAUAACUUGAGAUGUAGUUUUGGACCCAAAUGAUGUAGUAGCUGCGAGAAAUAGCAAAGCGCUACCUUUUUUUAGUCAUUCGAACUUGACU